UCAGUUGUAGUUUAACGUUCUAGCAGUAGGUUGAAAGUCGAAUUCGAGUCCCAAAAAGGAUACAGUUUAGUAGUAGAAUGUAUUAUACUAUUGGAUUGCUCAGCCUGCUGGCCUUGGGAUGCAGUGCAGCUCCCACGGAUAAAAACUACUUUGCUGAUUUGCCAAAGUGCUCGACUGAAGAGGAUCAGCUGGGUGAGUGCGUGAAGCAGCUGUUUAACACAUUGACUCCGCGCCUCAAGGAUGGCAAUCCGGAGCUGAGAAUCGAGCCCUACGAACCUUUGCACCUCAACCGCACCAGCUUCCAAUACUCCAGUGGCACGGUCAAUGGUCGCAUCACUGUUCGCAAUGCCAAGAUCUAUGGCUUCUCCUCCAAUCGCGCCAAAGAGGUGUCCGCCAAAGUCAAUGGCGACAAGGUGAAACUCCGUUUUGUCACCCAAAUGCCCAAGUUGAACAUUGUGGGCAGCUAUAAGGCCGACAUGCAGGUGAAUCAGCUGCAACUGAAGCCCAAGGGUGAAUUCAACGUAACGCUCUUGGACGUGGAGGCCACAACGGUGACCGAUGGUGAGAUCUACGAGAAGGAUGGCCAUCGGUUUUUCCGACUCAAGAAUAUCGAUUCAAAGCCAAAGAUCAAGGAUUUGGUCAUCAAGGCAAACGGAAUAUUUGCAGAUCCAGAACUGGAUAAAAUCGCUCUGAAUGUGGCUAAUCAGUAUUGGCGCGAUAUCUACGGAAUAAUGCUGCCUGAGACCCGCCAGUUUUGGCAACCCCUUAUGUUGCGAAUGUUCAACGAGGCAUUCGAACUGGUUCCCAUCGACCAGUUUCUCAAGGAGUAGCUCAAUUGGCGGUUGGAUUUAAUAGAAUGAUGAUGGUUAAAUAGAAAAUAAAUUGUUCCAUUAGGUGCUAUUAAAUGAUAAUA